AUGUCGAUCAAUGCUGACGUCCGUAGGAUCUCCUCGGAAUUCAUGCAAAUCCUUGCCAUUAAUCCUGAGCACGUGACCACACCUGCGCCGGCGCCGUCGGCUGAGGCUCGUCGCCGUCGCUGGGUAGGCGCGCCGCGUCCUCCUCCCUCACCCGAUGCACGGCACAACCGUAUCCUUCUCCUCCCUCCGGCGCAGACACCGCCGAGGAGCAUCCCGUCGCCUCCAGCCGUUGUCGCAGCCGCCUCCGGCGGCCACUACCACUGUCGCAGCAGCCUCCGAGUGUGCAUCGUGGUAGCCUCCCGCGGCGUCGCCACCGGCGCAGCCGCCUCCGGCGGCCACUACCACUGUCGCAGUUGCUUCCCCGAGUGUGCAUCAUGGCAUCCUCCUACGGCAUCGCCGCCGGCGGGUCUCCGUCUCCAGCGGGCCUCCGCUGCUAGCGAUUGCCAUCACCUCUUCCGGCGCCUGCCACCGCUCCCUUCGGCGCUCGCUGCAGUCCACAGCGACUGCCGCCACUCCUUUCGGCACCCACCGCAGCCUAUAGUAGCUACGAGUGCCACUGCCAAUGCCUCCGGACAUCCUCCUCCAUCGCCCUCCGGGCAGCUGUCGUUCGAGUGCUCAAGUAUCGUACUAUUUGUCUAUUCCGGCCUGCGAGCCGAUAUGAUGUUCGACCUUUGA